AAUGUCAUGUUUGUCUGUCAAAUGUGAGUGAGUGUAUUGUAGGCUUUUUGUAAAUUUAACAAAAAAUUAAAAAAUAGGCAAAUCAGAACAAUGUUAAGAGAAAAAAUAGUUUUUUUGAAGUAAUUUAUAGUUCCUCAAUUAAUUUAUUGGUAUUUAACAUGUAUCGUAGUUUAGUUAUAUUAGUUUUAUCUAUUGUCAAAUUAUCGCACAGCUUUUCGGAUGUAGGAAAGUGGGAUUUGCCGCUUAGCGGGGAUAACUGCGGCUUCACGCUAGCAAAGUCAUUGUUUAAAGACUCGAAACUUAAAGUAGUAUUACACUGCGAUGUGACGGUACCGACAAACAUCACAAUCGCUUAUCAAUGGGCUCCCACACGAUGUUCUCCGGAUUACUUCCAUUAUUUUGAACAGCGAAUAGUGGACUGUGUGAAUCCGGAGACGCUGCCGAGGCCACCAGAAGACUACAAUGUAUCUCAAGUCAUAUAUUACGAGAGAAAGGAGAAAUGCGAGGGUAGGAACAGCAUCAUACCAAUACCGGACAUCAAGGGAUUGGACAACAGCAAAAUUGGUGCUGGGGACUCGAAACUGCCAACGAUUCUGUCCGUGAACAAGGAAGGCAUCUAUGUGUUCUGGAUGCGAGUUCACGGUCCGACCAAGUUCAAUGUUACCGUACACGUGGAGAUGGUGGCGCCCUCUGGCUACCUCUCUGCUGCCAUAUGGCCACUGUUACCUUUCUUCGGCGUAAUGUGCGGCGUGUACACGGUGCUCUGCUCGUGCUGGCUGAUAGUGUGCGGGCUGCAGUGGCGAGACCUGCUGCGGAUCCAGUACUGGAUCGGCGGCGUCGCGCUGCUCGGCAUGGUCGAGAGCGCCACAUACUACGGCGUGUACUCCUCCAUCAACCGGACUGGGAUCUUCAACGCGGAAGCUUACAUGUUUGCCGAAUGGGUGUCGGUGGCAAAGCGGGCCCUCGCCAGGAUGCUCGUCAUCAUCGUCUCACUCGGCUUCGGGAUUGUCAAACCGCGUCUCGGCCCAGCGCUCCAACGCGUAGUCGGCACGGGCAUGCUGUGGGGUAUACUCGCCGGAGUAGAAGCGUGGCUCCGACUUCACCACAAGGCCGACGACUCGAACCGCGACCUCCUCCUGUCUGAGGCACCUCUGUCCUUGUUAGACAGCGCUGUAUGCUGGUGGGUCUUUGUCUCGCUCGCUCACACCAUGCGCACGUUGCAGCUCAGGAGAAACACUAUCAAGCUGUCCCUGUACCGUCACUUCACGAACACGCUGAUAUUCGCGGUGAUAUCCUCUGUGAUCUUCAUGCUCUAUUCCAUCAAGUCCUACCGGGUCAUGACCUGCAUUACUGAUUGGAAGGAAGUGUGGAUGGACGAGGCGUACUGGCACAUGUUGUUCGCGGCUGUACUUACUGUCAUCAUGAUCCUGUGGCGGCCCACCAACAACAACCAGCGGUACGCCUUCACGCCGCUGCUGGACAACGCCGAAGACGACGAUGAAGAGGAAGAGCAAUUCGUGAACGACGCGUAUGGAGUGAAGAUGCGUGGCCCAAGUGUCAGCGGCCCCAGCGAAGCGGGCGAUGCCCCACACGAGAACAACUCCCUCGACUCGGACCUACGCUGGGUGGAAGAGAAUAUCCCCACAAGUACUCUACCACUGCUGGAUUCCGACGAAGAGAUCAUCAACACUAAGUUCGAAGUCUCCAAAAUGCAAUAAACUUGUAAACUAUGUAUAAA